AUGCCCACCUACAAGGGCAUAACCCUCUCCGUGCGCGCCGCUGUCAACAACACUGAGCCACUCCCCGAACUCCCACCGCCACCGUCUUCCGCCAUCUCGUUCGAGGACAGCCACAACGCUACCAUCUCUGUCUACGUUCCGUCGUCGCCGAAAACGCAGUUCUGGCUCGCAUACUCUGUCAAACCUUCCAAAGCAAUCCAUUCCAUAGACACCCAAUUCUUUGUCUUCAAAUUGUUCCUCGACGGCAGACAUGUAGUGACCUGGGGUGUCGGCGAAGAAGACCAGUGGAAAGGCAAGACCGUAUUUGGGCUGUGGGAGAACUUCGAAUGCAAAGCCGGUGUGGAGAGAAGAGUCUUCGUAUUUGGCGGACCCGUGAAAAAAGAACAGCAAGAAGAGGAUAACAAUGGCGACAGAGACGAAAGCAGUGGGGUCCUUGAAAUCAGAAUACUUCGUGCAAAGGGACGGCAGAGGAUCGCGAAGUUACUGGAGGGAUUUGAAAACACGAAGAUUGGAAAAGAGGGCAGUGGUGGUGUGGAGCUGACCAGUGCCGGUGCAGCAAAGGGAGACCAUCCGAGGCGCUUUUACAGGUAUGCGCUCCUGGAUCCCACAGACAAACCCUUCGCGACGUUCAGAUACUAUCAUCGUACUUUGGACCAGCUCAAGGUGCUGGGCGCCAUCGCAGAC